AUGGCUGAACUGCCAGCUUCGGAGAUCCCUGGGGAUCCUGGCUUGUGCAGUGGCCGGUUCACUAUCAGCACCCUGUUAGGGGGUGAGGAUGGGGGGCGACCCCACUAUGGGCAGCCUGACCCACCCCCUGCUGCCUAUGACACCACUCACAGCAGCACCCUCUACAUGCGGACCUUUGGCUACAACACCAUCGAUGUUGUUCCUGCCUAUGAACACUAUGCCAAUAGUGCCAUGCCUGGUGAAGUCAAGAAGGUGAGGCCCACACUGGCCGACCUCCACUCAUUCCUGAAGCAGGAAGGCAGCCACCUGCACUCCCUGGCCUUCGAGAGCCGGUCCAGCCACGAGCUAUCUGAUGGGCUGGUGGAAGACGCCAGCAGUACAGCCGGGGAGAAGCCCCCAGGGGAGCCUGUGAGGUUCGGAUGGGUCAAGGGGGUGAUGGUCCGUUGCAUGCUCAACAUAUGGGGAGUGAUCCUUUACCUGCGUCUGCCCUGGAUCACCGCCCAAGCUGGCAUUGUCUUGACGUGGGUCAUCAUCCUCCUCUCAGUGACAGUGACCACCAUCACUGGCCUUUCCAUCUCCGCCAUCUCCACCAAUGGCAAAGUCAAGUCAGGUGGCACCUACUUCCUCAUCUCAAGGAGCCUGGGCCCAGAGCUGGGUGGCUCCAUCGGCCUCAUCUUUGCCUUUGCCAAUGCUGUUGCCGUGGCCAUGCACACUGUGGGCUUUGCUGAGACUGUACGAGACCUGAUCCAGGAGUAUGGCUCUCCCAUAGUGGACCCCACCAACGACAUAAGAAUCAUCGGCGUGGUCACCGUCACGGUGCUCUUGGCCAUUUCCUUGGCUGGGAUGGAAUGGGAGUCUAAGGCCCAGGUGUUGUUCUUCCUGGUUAUCAUGGUCUCUUUUGCCAACUACUUCGUGGGAACACUGAUCCCUCCAUCUGAGGAGAAGGCAUCAAAGGGCUUCUUCAGCUACAGGGGGGACAUUUUUGCCCAGAAUUUAGUGCCAGACUGGAGGGGUAUAGAUGGCAGCUUCUUUGGAAUGUUCUCAAUCUUCUUCCCAUCAGCCACUGGCAUCCUCGCAGGUGCCAACAUCUCCGGUGACUUAAAGGAUCCUGCUGUGGCAAUCCCCAAAGGCACCUUAAUGGCAAUAUUCUGGACUACAGUCUCCUACCUGGCCAUCUCUGCCACCAUUGGCUCCUGUGUAGUGCGAGAUGCCUCUGGAGGCCUCAAUGACACAGUGAUCCCUGGUUCUACUGACUGUGAGGGGCUGGCGUGUGGCUAUGGUUGGAAUUUCACUGAGUGUACCCAGAAGCGCAGCUGUCACUAUGGGCUCAUUAAUUACUACCAGAGCAUGAGUAUGGUAUCUGGCUUUGCACCUCUGAUCACCGCAGGCAUCUUUGGGGCCACCCUCUCUUCUGCCCUGGCCUGCCUUGUCUCUGCUGCCAAAGUCUUUCAGUGCCUGUGUGAAGACCAGCUCUACCCUCUCAUUGGCUUCUUUGGGAAGGGCUAUGGAAAAAACAAUGAGCCUGUCCGGGGUUACCUCCUGGCUUACUUCAUCGGUGUGGCCUUCAUUCUCAUUGCUGAGCUCAACACCAUUGCCCCCAUCAUCUCCAACUUCUUCUUGUGUUCCUAUGCACUCAUCAAUUUCAGCUGCUUCCAUGCCUCCAUUACCAACUCUCCAGGGUGGAGACCCUCAUUCCACUAUUACAACAAGUGGAUAGCCCUGUUUGGUGCGGUCAUCUCUGUGGUCAUCAUGUUCCUCCUCACCUGGUGGGCAGCCCUUAUCGCCAUUGCUGUCGUCAUCUUCUUGCUGUUAUACGUGCUCUACAAGAAGCCAGAGGUGAACUGGGGAUCUUCGGUCCAAGCUGGCUCCUACAACAUGGCCCUGAGCUACUCAGUAGGACUCAAUGAAGUUGAAGAGCAUAUUAAGAAUUACAGACCUCAGUGCCUGGUCCUUACCGGGCCUCCAAAUUUUCGACCGGCCCUGGUGGACUUUGUGGGCACAUUCACCAGAAACCUCAGUCUGAUGAUUUGUGGCCAUGUGAUCAUUGGACCUCGAAAACAGAGGAUGCCAGAGCUCCGGCUCAUCUCCAAUGGACACACAAAGUGGCUAAACAAAAGGAAGAUCAAGGCUUUCUACUCGGAUGUGAUUGCGGAGGACUUGAGGAGUGGGGUCCAGAUUUUAAUUCAGGCAGCCGGUCUUGGGAAGAUGAAGCCCAACAUUCUGGUGGUUGGAUACAAAAAGAACUGGCAGUCAGCUCACCCAGCAACAGUGGAAGAUUACAUCGGGAUCCUGCAUGAUGCCUUUGAUUUCAACUAUGGUGUGUGUGUGAUGAGGAUGAGAGAAGGUCUCAACGUCUCUGAAGUGAUGCAAGCUCACAUUAAUCCUGUGUUUGACCCAGCUGAAGACCAGAAAGAAGCCAGAGCCAACGGAGCUAGGCCUUCCAUCAGUGGUACAUUGAACCCAGAGGUCCUGGUGGCUGAAGAACAAGCCAGCACCGUAUUCCAAUCUGAACAGGGCAAGAAGACCAUUGAUAUCUACUGGCUUUUUGAUGAUGGAGGCCUCACCCUCCUGAUUCCCUAUCUCCUCCGUCGAAAGAAGCGGUGGAACAAGUGUAAGAUCCGAGUGUUUGUUGGGGGCCAGAUCAACAGGAUGGAUGAAGAAAGAAAGGCGAUCAUUUCACUGCUGAGCAAGUUCCGUCUAGGAUUCCAUGAAGUUCACGUCCUUCCCGACAUCAAUCAGAAGCCUCGGCCAGAACACACCAAGCGGUUUGAGGACAUGAUUGCCCCAUUUCGGCUGAAUGACGGCUUCAAGGAUGAGGCUACCGUUAAUGAGAUGAGACGUGAUUGCCCCUGGAAGAUCUCAGAUGAGGAGAUUAAUAAGAACAAAAUGAAGUCCCUUCGGCAGGUGAGACUGAACGAGGUUCUGUUGGAUUACUCCCGAGAUGCUGCUCUCAUAGUCAUAACCUUGCCAAUAGGAAGGAAGGGAAAAUGCCCAAGUUCCCUAUACAUGGCUUGGCUGGAGACACUAUCUCAGGAUCUGAGACCUCCUGUUAUCCUGACCAGAGGAAAUCAAGAAAAUGUUCUGACAUUUUACUGCCAGUAA